UGAUUCAUCUGCUUCAGAUUCACACUUCACUGUCUCACAGAGUUCAGCUUAGCUUAUAACUGAAUUCAGCUCUUGACGUCACUACUAUUUUGAAGAUGAGGAUUCUUCUGCUUUUGGUUUUUCUUGGACUUGCUGUGAUCAACGCCUCUCCUGUUGACUCUAUGACCCAGAUGCCUGUCAGGCCAGAGGAGGACGUUCUUGAAGAGGUCAUUACAGACGGCUUCCUUGUUGACCACAUUUUUGGCACAUCGGCCACAACUGAGCCGCCGAAAAUAAAUACAACCAUUCAGGAGCCUUCUGAAGUCUUUACUGAAGGCAGCGGCCUCUUAGAAAACCAUCUUGCUUCUAAGACUGAAUACCCGGAAGCACCCACAACCAUCCAAACGUCCUCUCAGCCAAUCUCUGACUCAAGCGAGGGCAGUGGUUUCUUAGUGACACCUACUUUGCCAAUAAUCCAAACACCUGAACCUACAACUAUUCCUGCAUCUCCACAAACAACCUCUGAUACCAAUGAAGAGGGAAGUGGUGUCACAGAUAACUGCGUUUUAUCAACCACAGACUCAGGAGAAGGGAGUGGUAACUUCUUUGAGCCCAGUUCAAGUACUACAACAACAACUCUGACUGCUUCAACCACACCGAUUCCUACCACCACAGAGCAGAAAAGGCCUCAAAACAGGAGGUUGCCACCAGUUCAUCAUCAUGACAUAAUUUCAAAGGAAAAUGGGGUUUCAACACAAGUGCAGCCUCUUAAUGAGCCCCAAAAUAAACCAGAAAUGUCAAAAGGACACAGCACACCUGAUUGGAUCAUUAUUGUUGGAUUUCUUGUUGGGCUAGCAGCUCUUGUAACACUUUGCGCUGCUAUUGCUACCAGAGACAAAUGGAAUGCAAAGCAGAUAUCCGUGAACGAAACUAAUGCCUCGAACCAGAAGAGGGAGCAGGAGAUGCAGACAUUCCUACCCAAAGAGAAUGGAAAGGAAACUGAAUACACGGUUAUUCCACUGGACGAUCUUUCUGAUCAUCAAUCCCACUGAGGUUGAGAGACUGGCCUUCUGGAGACUUAUCUUUAAAUCACAAGAACGUUUUGUCAAAGAACCAGCAUUUGAUCAAAGAAAAAAACUGAACUGUUGAGCAGAAUUAUUUUUGUGGAUUGUCACAAUUAUGGGCUUUGUUUGAUAGACAAAGCCGUGCUCCAUAAUUUUUCUUUUUAAUGAUGCCUUUCAACAGCUUUAAUAAGAACUGUACUUGAAAUGCAAAAAAUGGCUGAUAUAUUUAUUGCCAUAAUCAACUUGUUUAUUAAUUGUAAGAUAAACAGCUGUUAAGGUUUGGUGCACAAUUGUCUUUUAUUUCAUUUCAGUGAGAAAUGUUUUUAUGUAUAUUAUAAGAUUUUUUUAUUGUAAUUUUCUUGCAAUUCUUUUUUUAAAUGCCUAUUUGUUUUUUGUUACGUCAGUGUCUUGUCUUUGUAGUAAUCUUAUUGAAGAAUGUAUUGUGAGUUCUAAGUUAUAUGAAGCUGCUCUACUGCUCUCUAGUUUUCAUUAUGCAAGCUGGUAACACUGAACAGUGCUCAGCCUGCUAACUCCACUGCUCUUCUUUUCUCCCACACAGCCCUUCAAAGGUUGUGAAAUGCACUUGCCUCAUAUUCAUUGCAUCCCACAUUGAACAGGAAAUAAACACAACAGUAACU